AUGCCAACAGCGAAACCAACCAAUAUCGAUGCGCAACGCAUCCUUGCCAUCAUGGACGAGUUGAAGGAGAAACUCACCUUCUUGUCUUUCGUCUCCGCACAGGUCUUAGGUGGUCUCCAAGGAGAGGACGGCUCCGCCACGGUUGAGAUCCUUGGGCCAGAGCUGAUGAAAUGCUUUGCGGAGCAGCUCAGGUUAGAGGACCUGUACGUCAUGGCGAGUGGAGAGGGCGGCUAUGGCCACAAUGAAGAGACAGAAGAGAUGCGCGAGGAUGUGAAGUCUCUUCAGAAGAAUACCUUGGAGCUCUGCCGGAAGAUGAAGGCAGUGCCCAACGUGGUGCAGGAGUUGAGAAACUUCCAGGAUCGUGAAUCGCGGCCUGCUGCUAUGAUCCAGUUUUUGAAGACCUUAGCAGACAUGCAGGAGCUCACUUUGAAGCGUCUGAGCACCACUGUAGAGGAGGAGAAGAGUCGACAGGAACUUCUGGAGCACUACAAGAGCCGUGAAGCAGAGGCCAGCGCCCGUCGUCAGCAGCUGGAUCGGGAUUUGGCGCACAUUCGCGUGGAGACUUAA